UAAACCGCACAGGCAUAGAAUUAUACUUAAUUAUAACUUGGUAAAUUGAAGAAUGUAUGACAGGAUGGUAAACUAAUUAUCUGACAAACAAAAUUUCCGAACUAUUUGAUUUACAAGUAACCAUAGCAACGUAGGAGCUAGAGUCAGUAAAGAAAAAAUCUUCCAUGGAAACAGUAGAUAAAAAUGUGUGAGCCACAAAACUCAAGCAGUUCAUAUUCAAGAAAAGAGGAAAGUCGUACUACACCCAACAUCUUGGUAUCAGGGAGUGACGAGAGUUUUUUCCAGUCUCUGUAUGAGUUCAUUGAACAUGAGAAACUCUACCUGCAGUGUCCUGCGGAGGGACCAGACGAACUCCGAUACUUCAUCUACCGCUCCGUCUUCAAUCAGGUGAUUGGCAGAACAACAGCCUACAAAAGACUUCUUCUAACCAUAAAGUCUGGGUACGAUGAUGUCAUCAGAGAGCUGCAGAGGAGAGCGAAUGAGGCCAGGGAGGCACAGCGAGGUCUUGUAGCCUCAACAUCGCAUCCAAAAUCUCUGAUAACCUGCCAGAGAAGAGUUGCCCAUCUAAGGGAGAGACUCUCUGUCCUUCAGAGGGGAACAGAAGAUCUUCAUCAGGAGAUCAAGAGACAGCAAUCACUUAAAGAGCAGAGCACAUGGAUACCAGGUGUGACGGUGGCUGAAUCAGAGGAUCCUGAGGCUCUUGAUAUACAUCUGAAGCAUCUUAAAGCUCGGAGAGACACUCUACUGGACAACAAGAGUCACUGCACCUCAGUGGAGGUGAAAGUUGAGCUGGAUACCAAGCUUCACGUCGCUGAGCACCACAGGGACCAGCUGAGUACAGAGAACCACCAACUUAAAGUCCUAUUCAAGCGUUUGAGGAUUGUGUCUAACCGUCUGUCCAGCUGGGGAGGAAGAGAGCAGGUUCCUUUGGAGGAACUUCUGGGUUCAACAGUGAAGAACAUCAGACACAGUAGCAUGACUGAAGAUGAUGUCAAUGCUGAGCUGUUUGAGGAUGAAGAGCCAGUUGGCGUGGAUCAGUCCAAACUUCUGAAAGAAUACCUGGACAGGUUUAUUGAGCUCUUUGAAGCCGCUAAGUAUGAGGAAGCUGCUCUGCACGCUGCCAGGUCUCCCCGAGGAGUCCUGAGGAACCUCGACACCAUGGAGAUGUUUAAAGGUGUUCAUGCCCCCCCAGGGUCUGUUCGACCUCUCCUCCUCUUCUUCCAGGCCCUCCUGAUGACCCUCCCAGCUGGUGACAAGCUGUCAGCUGCUCUCUCCAUUGAGCUGGUCCUCUGUGCCCUGCAGCACGGUGACACACAGCUCAUCAACCACAGCAUCACACAAAACAAACUGACCUGCUCUGAGGAUCUGGGUGACAUCCUAACUGAGCAUGCUCAGAAGAACACUCAUGUUUCUGACCUGUGUCUGGCUUUGGCGACUGUUGCCUACGAGGCCUGCAGGCUGGACAGGAAGACCGCACUGAGCAUGUGCAGGAGAGGGCUGAUACACAGUGCUGCUGAGUUCAUGAAGAACUGCAAGAAUCUCACAGCUGAGGACUGUAUGUGGGUUUUGUAUUGCUCCCCCAGCCUCUCCCUCGUCCAGCUGUUGACGGAGUCUCAGCAGGGCCAGGCAGCCAUCUUGUCAGCAGGCGUGGUCCUCUCCACUCUGCUGUCAGACCCUCAGCAGCAGGAGCUGGCUCUGCAGCUCCUCGACAGCUUUGUCAGCAGAGGCCAAGGUGUUCUGGAGGAGCUGAUACUGGAGGACAUCAGAGCCUCAGUUGAUGAUUGGACCAAUGUGGCGUGUGUGUGCUCUGAGCUGAACCGGGCUGAUCUGAGUGGAGUCAUCCUAUCCAUCCUGCUGGACCAAAGCGGAACCAGAGUCUUGUCCCCAGACCUAGAGGGAGCCGGGCUGGUAGAUCAUGUCUAUCUUUGAAAACUGAUGCUGGCUGUCCUUUUGCAGGGGGAAUGAUCACAGCAGGAAGACUCCAAACUUCUGUCUUUUCUUUGAAUGCACAAAUGUAGAAAAACAGUACAAAAGUUCUGUCUCUGAGUCUCAAGUUUCUGAGUAUUAACAUAAAUAGAUAUAAAAUAAUCAAAUCUGUUGCCCUUUUUGCCACCAGGGUCAGCUGAGUCAUAGAAUUAGAACCACAUGUUAUAAUCAAAUUUUUGAGCUGUACUGUAAAUGUAUUUUUUUUUUUUUUCCAUUUUCCAUUAAAAACUUUCAUUACCA